CCAGGGGUGGACUGACCAUUUGGAAAUUCGGGCACUGCCCGAUGGCCUGGGGUCAGUAGGAGGCCCCAUGAGAUGCCCCUGGUACCUUUUUCAUAGGCUUUUUUGAGUUUGGGCAAGGACACAGGGGCCCCAUGAUCCCCUAUUGCCCGGGGCCCCAUGAGUUUUCAGUCCGCCCUUGUCCGCCCCUGGUCACAAGAGUGAUAAUGCCUAAGUCCAAUUAUUGCAAAUGCCAAGCA